UGAAAGUGAACGUGUUUGCAUCCGGAGCACUGUCUAUGUGCACCAGAAAGUGAUUUGUUAAAAUCUCUUGGAUAUCGGCCGACGACAUCGAUAUGAACAGCUUGCUGAUACUUCUUUGGUGCGCCUUAUGCUGCAGUGUGUCUGCCAAGCCUCCGGCAGCUCGACGGGCUCAAUUGCACGAUGACGUACAGCUAAUUCACCCGCACAUCAUCACCAUAGAGCGAUUGGAGAAUCUUCUCCGGCGGGCGGGUGAAAUAUUCGGUCCUGCCAUGGAGGAGGAUGCCAUGGCUGAGGCAAGUAGCCAGGUGCAUGAGGAAGUGCAGCCCCAGGCCCAGUUCCAGCCCCAGCAGCGCAUGCUUCCGCCAACAGAGCAGCCAUACAACUUCUACCUGCCGCUCUUCGACUAUGUUGAGCCAAAGUUGGACGCUAAGAGUCGGAUGCUGGAGAAGAUCGCUCCGCCGCCUCUGGGACAAAAGCUCGAGCACAACUACUAUGCUGAUAAGCCAAAGAAGAAGCCAAAAAAAUUCAACGCCGCGACCAAGCACAUAAACCUCAACCUCAAGUGGCUUAACACCUACGAGAAGGCCAUGGGCGGGUCCACACCUCCCAAGGCAAUGUAUCUCGAAAAUGAUGAGCGUAACAGGAUCAACUUUGAUGACUCCUUUUUCGCGGUCGAUAUGCAGGUAAAGAUGCCGGAUAACCAGGUCCCUAAGGAUCCAGCUCCGGCGGAACUGCUGCAGCACGGCGAGGAGCAGGCCGAGGAGGAUCUGAUGGCGGCUCCGGCGCAUAUUACCUACAACAUCAACAAAGCUUGAAUGUAAUUAUAAUUUAAAUUCUAUAACAAACUCUGGCCUUUUUUCGCUGUGUAACUAAUUUGGGAUAUAAAAACCGCAACAGUA